UGGGUGUGUGUGUGUGUGUGUUGGCGCUCUCUGGUCUCGUGCACAGCGGACAGUCUCCUCACAGACUUCAUGACGUGCAGCGGCGUUCAGAUGACCCACGGCCCGGGCUGGACCCUGAAGUGCACAUGAACAUCUCUGAGAUCAUCAGGUACUGGGGUUACCCUGCAGAGGAGCACGAGGUCCAGACGGAGGACGGGUACAUCCUGACCGUCAACAGAAUCCCAGCGGGCCUCAAACGCACCGCAGGCGGGGGCCCGGCGGUGUUCCUGCAGCAUGGCCUGCUGGCUGCAGGCAGUAAUUGGAUAACAAACCUCCCAAACUCCAGCCUGGGGUUCGUCCUCGCCGACGCCGGGUACGACGUGUGGAUCGGGAACAGCCGAGGAAACACCUGGUCCAGAAAGCACCUGACGCUGAGCCCCGAGAGCGACGCCUUCUGGAGCUUCAGUUAUGAUGAGUUGGCUCUGAAGGACCUCCCUGCCGUGGUGAACCACAUCCUGAAGGUGACGGGUCAGGAGCAGAUUUACUACAUCGGACACUCUCAGGGAACCACCAUCGCAUUCAUAGCGUUCUCCGCACUGCCCGAGCUGGCCAAUAAGAUCAAGAUGUUCAUCGGUCUAGCUCCCGUAGCGACCGUCUCCUUCGCCUCCAGCCCGAUGGCCAAACUCUCCAUCAUGCCCGACUUCUUCAUCUGGGAUCUGUUUGGUAGGCAGGACUUUCUGCCUCAGAGUCACAUGAUCGAGUGGUUUGCAGAACACAUUUGUGCGGAUCAGCCUCUCAGCAAGCUGUGCGGAAACAUCUUCUUCAUCCUCUGUGGCUUCGACGAGAAGAACCUCAACAUAUCUCGGACGCCGGUCUACACUGAACACUGUCCUGCCGGGACCUCGGUCAUGAACAUGGUCCACUGGGCCCAGGCGGUUCACGGAGGGAAACUGAUGGCCUUCAACUUUGGAGCCAGAGGGAACAUGAAACACUACAACCAGUCCACUCCCCCUCAGUACAAGGUCCAGGACAUGAAGGUUCCCACCGCGCUGUUUUCAGGGGGACACGAUACGCUGGCGGACCCCAAAGACGUGGCUGUCCUCCUCACUCAGGUAUCGAACCUGGUGUUCCAUAAGCACAUCGAGCACUGGGACCAUCUGGACUUCAUUUGGGGUCUGGAUGCUCCGGAGCAGAUGUUCCCGUCCUCCUGAAGCUGCUGCAGGCAGGACCGCCACUAGAGGGGUCGGCCACACCGUGUGUGAGGGCCUGUUCACGUCUGCAGCACAGCGUGGGGACCGCUGGACUUUACACCAGCAGCAGGACCUCUAAAGGUUUCAAUGAGGAAAGUGUGUGUUGUGUAGUAUGUGUGUGUGUGAGCGUGUGUGUGUGUGUGUGUGUUGUGUCUGUGUGUGUGUCUGUGUGUGUU